CCGAAGAAGUAACUGAAAAAAGCAAAAAUAAAUCUGCUUCUUUAGCGGGAAAACUUUAAACAUAAGUAACUUAUGAAAUUUGUUAUACAUUACAUUGUUACACAUGUCAAAAGAUAUGGUGAACAAGAGAAAAUAAUAUGAAUAAUCUUUCAAGUUUCACUGACCUUUUGGAUGACGACAUUACGAAUUCCCAACCGAUUUCGUUUCCAUCGUCGUACGAAUCUGAAGUAACUCAGCAAAAUGAUCAUGAUGCUUAUAAAAUCAAUCCUUAUGGUACACACGAUAAGAGCGCGUUUCGUCCAGAUAAAGGAACUGGAGAAUGUGAACCUUUUCGAAGCAUUGAUGAAAUAGAUGAAAAAUAUCGUCAUGUAUUUUCGUACCAACACUUCAAUUUGGUUCAGUCAAGGGUGAUUGAAAAUGCGCUUUAUUCAGACAAAUCAAUGGUAGUAUGUGCCCCUACUGGUUCUGGGAAAACGGUUGUUUUCGAAAUGGCUAUAGUUCAGUUACUAAUGGAGUUAGAUGAUAAAAAUUAUAAAGGAGACUUCAAAAUUAUAUACAUGGCACCAAUUAAGGCAUUGUGCACGGAGAGAUUAACAGAAUGGUAUCCGAAAUUUACAAAGCUUGGCCUUCUCUGCAUAGAAGUCACUGGAGACACAGAUGUUGAUUUCUCACAACUGCAGCCAUACAGGAUAAUAAUAACUACCCCCGAGAAAUGGGACAUGUUGACGCGUCGUUGGCGCGACCACCGGGCUCUGGUCGAAGUCAUCAAGCUGUUCCUAAUAGACGAAGUACACAUACUGAAUGACGAAACAAGGGGACCUGUACUAGAGACCGUCGUCAGUAGAAUGAAGACCAUUGAAUCGUCACUGCAAACCGCAUAUCACAUAGAAAAUUUAAAGAAGAAACAUCAAGUCGUUGAUGAUUCUAAAGCGUGUCCUAGAAUUCGAUUUGUGGCGAUUUCUGCCACGGUCAGUAAUCCGGAAGACGUGGCCGCAUGGAUCGGGACUGCAGACAAACCCGCGGUCUUCUACAAAUUCGGUGACGAAUGUCGUCCAGUAAAACUAAAGCGUAUAGUGGAAGGCUACCACUGUACCGAAGGGACGAGUAUAUUUAAGUUCGAUAUUAUCUUAAACUAUAAACUGUGGCCGAUUAUACAGAAAUACUACAACGGAAAGCCGACAUUGAUAUUCUGCAACACUAGGAAAAGCGUGUCACUAACAGCCGAGACUCUAUCGCGGGAGAUCACGAUAAACUUCAACUCUGAACAGAAAGCUAAGUUGACGGCUUUAGCUUCGAAAUUAAAGAAUAAAAAAUUGCAGUCUCUAAUCAUUAGCGGCGUUGGCUGUCACCACGCUGGGCUCCUAUUCGAAGAGAGAAUGUACAUUGAGAGCGCGUUCAGAAACAGAGAUCUACCAAUACUUAUUACCACCACCACGCUCGCUAUGGGCGUAAAUUUACCAGCUCAUUUAGUGAUCAUCAAGAAUACACAGCAAUACGUUAACGGAGCUUAUCAGGAAUACAGUAUAAGUACGGUAUUGCAAAUGGUCGGUCGAGCUGGACGACCGCAAUUCGACACCGAAGCUACCGCCGUCAUAAUGACGAGACUUGCCGAUAAGCCUCGUUACCAAGCACUAGUAGGUGGGAGCGAACCAUUGCAAAGCUAUUUACAUAAGCGUUUACCUGAAAACCUUAACAGUGAGGUAGCUUUGAAGACGGUCGGAGAUGUCUCUCAAUGCGUUCAAUGGUUGAGUUCAACAUUUUUAAACGUUAGAGCGGCUAAGGAUCCAAAAAGGUACCUCGGUUUACCACCGACGGCUUCACAGCAUUUGAUUUCUAAGAAAAUUGAAGAGCUAUGUGUAAAAGCUAUGAAUGGUUUGGCCACGUCCGGCCUCAUAACGAUGGAUGAAGCGAGUUGCAUUGAGUCAACGGAAGCGGGACGACUCAUGUCGAUCUAUUAUCUAGAUUUGGAGACUAUGAGACAUAUAAUGAAGAUCGAUGGCACUGAAACUCUAGAACGCUUACUAACGAUAGUUUGCGAGAGCCACGAAUUAUCCGACAUGCAUUUAAGAGUGGACGAGCGCCGUUGCUUGAACUCUUUGAAUAGAAACAACGCGGCGCCCACUAUACGCUUCCCCAUGAAGGGCAGGAUCACGACCAGGCAGAUGAAACUCAAUUGCAUCAUACAAGCCAUACUUGGUUGCCUACCAAUACCGGAUCCCUCUCUGAAUCAGGAAGCCAUGAAAAUAAUGAGGAUCGCAGACAGAGUCUGUAAAUGUUUAGUGGCAUACGUAACUCAACCAGAAUUAAUAUCAAGAAACCCGCGUUUUUACUCCGCCAUACUGAACUCUUUGAUCUUAGCUAAAUGCGUAACGGCUCACAUGUGGGAGAACUCAACCUUUGUCAGUAGACAGUUGAAAGGAAUCGGUCCCACAUUUAGCACUCUGUUGGCUACUGCGGGGAAAAAUAAUUUUAUGCUUUUAGAAGAAAGUCAUCCGAGGGAUUUGGAAAGGAUAAUGAACAAAGGCCCGCCGGCUGGUAACGUUAUUCGCAAACAAGUCAGUUUACUACCUAAAUAUCAGAUAACAGCAACUCCUGUCGACAGUCGAACGCUGACAAUCAAAUUAAUAUUGUUAAACCAAUCUCAUUUAUCGGAAAAUCUAGAAAAUUUGACUGCGGGCGAAUCACACAAAAGUUAUAUUUUAGUUGGCGAUUCCCAAAAUUAUUUGUUACACAUCAGUUCUUUCAAAGAUAAAGAUUUGAUAAGUGUGUACGAUGGAAGCAUCACGUACGAAAUUACCCGGAAACACAGCUUCGAACAUAAAAUCUUUGCUCAUUGCAUCAGCUCCAAUUUUGUUGGUAUAGAUGAUCAUUGUGAGCAUGUCUUUAAUGACUUGAAUACACCUUGUACCAAUGCUAACUUAACUACGUCUGGUACAGAAAUAAAUAAACAAACAAUGAAACAAGCCACUAUAACGGAUACCUUCAAAUAUCGAAAGAGAAAGAAUAAUAAUGACAUAACAGAACCGAAGGAAAAGAAAAAACGUGACUAUGCUAUUGUAGAAAAAUUUAAUUCUCUUAAAGAGUCUUUUGGUGUCACUUCUAGAGAACUUAAAAACGAUUUCAAUAAGAGUGUACUCGUUUCGAAUAAAAUAUUACAAGAACUUACUCAGUCAAAAAACACAGACAGUCCUAAUCCAAAAUUUGAAAAUAAAGAUUCAAUAGAAGAUGGGUCGGCACAAAUAAAUCAAAUAAAAUUCAAUACUGCAGCUCAAGACAUUGACGGAGAUGACUUUAUGUCAGAUCAAUACAACGACGUUGAUAAAAUAAAUAUCUUGCUGAAUAAAAUCGAAAAUGAAAUGUCCAAUAGAGAGGUAAAACACAAUAACUCGAAAGAAAUGUAUACCACAAAUCUUGUAACUAAAAAAGUUGAAAAACCAAACACACUAACUAGUGUUUUAAGAUAUAAAACACCAGUCAGCCGAGCUAGGAAGCCACCAAUAUCUAAUUAUAACUUUAUAGAUUUGCUCCAAAAAAAUGUAAAUUUGAGUGACACUGAAGAAGAAAAUUCUUCGAAAACUGAUACUGGCUUUUCAGAAGCUAUCAAGUACGGUUUGUCCAAGUAUUUGAGGGACACUCGUCAAGAGGCAGAUGUCCCAAAACUAGGCCUUACAGAACUAUUAGAACAAAAAGAAUUAUCGGAAAUGGAGGCUGAUGGUUACAGUCAAAGAUCAGCUGCUAGAAAUCGAGACGAAGAUGUUUUGAUGUCUAAUAAUCACAGAAUUUUGUCUGAAAAUUCAAACAACCUUCAAAUCAACAACAAACACGAAGAAUCGCACGAAAACACUGAAAAAUGUGCUGCAUUAGAAUCUUAUCCAUGUGUCUCGGGAAACAAACCCUUGGCAAAUAGAUUGGCUGAUAAUUUCAACGAUCUUAGUCUUGACAGUCAUCAAUUUGAAGAAUUUAAUACCCGUGAAGGUGAAGUUACAAACAAAAAUAAUGAACAAAAACAAAAACUGACUUUAGAUGAGAUGAAAAGAAAUCUAGAAAACUUCGAAGAAAUCAUUAUACCUCCAUUACAUGCGAACAUCGUUAAUAGUUAUGACAAUAUCGGAAACGAUUAUUCAAAAAAUGCUGAUCGUAGUGCUAACGAAGGUCAAUGUUCUAAUGAACUAACUAGUGACAGAAUAAUAAAUAAAGGUAGUGAAUCUGAAAACGACGAUACUUGGAGAACAAAUAACAUAUUUAGUACUAACGAAGAAUCUAUAAAGAGCUAUUCUUAUACGGCUACAAAAGUUGAUGUAUGUAGUAAAAACAUGCCGGACUACUGCGUUCGAGUUAUUAGGAAACUGAAGGUAGAUUUGGACAUAACUGAAAUAGUGGCCAAAAAAACGACGGAUUGGAAAAAUGAAAAAACAUUGACAUAUUUCAGUUCGAAUUCAAAUUUAGAUGUGAAUUCACAUUCUUCUGAAUUAAAAAUGAAUGUAAUGGAUAAGGAAAAACAGUCUCCUCUAGAUACAGAAACAAACCAAGGCAUUUACAAUUUUUUUUCAAAAGAUGAUAAUUUUGAUAAAUCUUCGCACAGAAAUGAAAUUAGAUGCAAAAAUUUUGAUGGAAAUAAAGCAGAAAAUAAAUUACUAUUGAACGUAACAAGUGGCGUGAAAAGUAACGAACAAUGUUCGAUGAAUUCCUGUGAUUCGACUAAUUAUAAUGAAAUUGACUGCGAUCCAAUAUCGAAUCGUAAAAUAGAAUCUACCAAGGAAAGCUCCAAGAAUCAAAACAUGAAAAUUGCUAAAGUACUCCAGAAAUAUAGCCAAAUAUUAAGCCAAAGGGAAAGAAAAGAAGAUAUUCAAGAUCAAUAUCUUUCAAAAGUGACAGAAGUAAGCAAAUUAAGAAAAGGAAAUCCAAAAUGUGAACGACCAUUUAGAAUUAGCGAGAUAGACAAUGUAAACAUUCCUAUCCCUGAUUCAUUGAUAGUGGCUGACACGAGUAGCAAAGAAACACCGUAUACUUAUUCCCAGUUGUUGAACCAAAAAAACGAUAAUUCCGAUAUGCCAUAUAAAAAUGAGAAUUUGAUAAAUGUUGUUGAAGAUAAAGACGUUAUCAAACGUCGAUGUGAAUUAAAUGUACCAGAUUUAAUACUGAAUGAAGUCGAACAAGUCAAUGAAGAGUGUUAUAUCCCUAGUUUAAAUUUCCAAAAUGAACCUAAUAAUUACAAUAUAGACCAAACUAUGUUUGACCCGAAAACUUUACUAUUGCAAUGUACUGAAAACGUCCAAGUUGACCCGAUUAUACCACCACCACAGGAAUUCUCAGAUUACGUCUCAAAUUAUUCUCCAGUUUUAGAUUCGGAAUGUAACACGGAACCGAAAUUUCAAAGUCAGUAUUCGAGUAAUAAUACUACAAACGAAAAUACCGAAAUAGCAUUUUUUGAUACAGAAGACAUUAAUUUAACUCCUGAUAAUUUAGAAACGACAUCUAUCUACACUUACGAUUCGGUUAGCCCAUUAACUUUUGAAAUGAAUUCUGUUCAGCCUUUCUCAGUAAUGGAUCAAGAAACAUUUCGAUUAUCGAAUCAAUCUGUAAGUGCUAAACGUAUAUUAGAACAGUUUAAAAUAGACCGAAAAGAUAAAAUGAAAAUGAACCAUUAAUCUGGCUUCCUAUUCUGUUAGUCAUUUAUUAUUAAGUGCAAUUAUUGUACCAAUAAUUAUUAUUAACGUUACAUAACGACGCUAUCUAUUAUUAAGAUUACUACACUACCUUAUAUUUAUUAAGAUUUAGUACAUUUUAGUUAUAAUAGGUAGGUAUAAUAAAAAAAAAAAAUCUCGAGUUUGGAAAUUGUCGCACGUAUACUAUGUAUAUUAGUAAAAAUGUAAGAGGAAAUACAUUUUAAUAAAAAGCUCAGAAUUUUAUGUAUUAACAACCAAGAUUGUAUGUACUUUUGCCGAUUAUUUUCAAGACUAGAUUUAUUUUUCUUUACUGUAUCCUAGAGGUAAAAAAUAAUUUUUAAGGAAGCGCAGAUUGUCCAUCACUAUAUAAUCCUACACCUGAUUCAAUAACCAGUGAAUUAGUAAUAAAAUAAAAUAAAAAAAGA